CUCGUGAGGAAGAGGAUGGGGGACGAGGAGGACGAGAAGAAGCCACUAGUGCUGCAGAUGGUACGGGCAGAUGGGACAGAUAAGAACUGUUUUAUGUUUGUGCUCCACAAUGAGGACCACACCCUUGGCAACUCCCUUCAAUACAUGAUCAUGAAAAACCCGGAUGUGGAGUUCUGUGGAUAUAGCAUCACCCAUCCUUCUGAAAGAAAAAUAAACCUCCGCAUCCAGACCAAAGGAGGCCUACCGGCUGUUGAUAUGUUCCAGAAGGGGCUGGAGGAUCUCAUGGGUGUCUGCCAGCACAUACUCAGCAAAUUUGAGGCAAGCGUGGAAGAGUACAAUGCCCAGAAGGAUGUGACUAUGCAUAGUCUUGAAUUCCAAUCUGCUGUUCAGUCCUGGCCACAGAACUUGGUCUGCUUUGGUUGUCUUGAUGGAUGGCCUUUGCAGAGUGUGGGAUGGGGAGUGUGA